CUACUUUGUACAGCCUAUCUAUCUUCCCCAUGCAAGCAUCUGGCAGUGAAUCUAGCCUCGAACAGGCACCACAGGUGUGUAGGGCCUGCAAGAUCCGAAAGAGGAAAUGCAAUAAAGCACUCCCGAAAUGUUCGUCAUGCGCGAAAAGAAAUGUAGUAUGCGACUACACGAGCCCAGAACGGACGGGGUAUUCCGAACAAGCCUUCGCAUCUAACCCAUGGGCACCCCCUGCCCAAUCCAUCGACUUUCCGACGAUGUUGUUCCUGGAUCCCGGGCUCUUACAGCAGGGCCAAGUGGAAAUCGCACAGGCAGUAACACCAAUCCCGACACACAUCCUGCAUAUGCUAGGAGAUAUUGAGGAUAUACGUGCCACUGCAUGCAAGUUCUUCGAGCACAUCCACACGUGGAUGCCCUUUAUCUCGAAGAAACGAUUCCACGAACUCUCUCUACGGCCAUCAUUCCACUCUCGACCUGACGUUUGCAUGUUGUUGCUCUACCUCAAGCUCAUCACAGUACUACCGCCCCCCA